AUGUCUGAUCACGACGACUUACCUACACCACCUCCAUCCGAUGAUGAAUCCGACUAUUCAUCGGAAGAAGCGGAGCCACGUCUAACACCCCAAGAACUCGGCGCGCUAUUCCUCGACUUUUACACUUUCUUGACAACCCUCCAUUUCAACAAAGCUCAUCUCAAAAUCCCUCCACCCAACGGCUGGCCACAUAUUACACCCGAAUCAUACAAUCACUUCAAAUCAGACUACGCCAUUGAAGUCAUCCGUCAUUUGCCCUACUUCAGCAAUGAAUGUCGAGAUCAUAUCCACUAUAAGUCCAGACCUUUAGAUCUCACAGCCUAUACCCAGGAGGAUAUAAAAUACCAUAAAGAAUAUGAUGCCAUGGAUCAGGAAUUCUGGUCUACCGAAGACAAACAGGACCCUAGCGACGUGUUCUGUUUUUCUCUAGGCUUUGAGAGUUACGGUCGGACUUUUUAUCUGCUUGUCAACGAUUGCGAAAUCAUUGAGGAUAUGAACAGGGCUGACAUGCUGAGUUCAGUGCCAGUGGAGGAAUUCUUUGAAAAGCUCAAGGAGGAGUAUAGAUCUCUGAAACUUAUUCCUGGAAAGGGAAGGAUUACUAGAGAGGUGGAGCACGUACCUGAGCGUGAGGGGAGGAUUGCUAGGAUGGAAGUUGAUGCACAGACGGAGGACUGGGGAACGGACUUGGAUAUCCAGUAUCUGAGGCAGAUUUAUCGCGAUCAUGGGUGGCCGGGUGCAUUUGAUGUGGAGCGUGCUACCGAGGCUGUUAAUGAGUGGAUGGAGUUUUUGGCAGAAUCUGAAGGAGAUGGACCCGGUCUAGAUAGAAGUUAUGGGUGGGAACCUGCUGAUUGA